AUGGCUCCAUCGGCUCCCACGCAUGAGUACUACGUUACCUUGGAAGUACUACCAACCGCGCCUCACGAUGUGAUCAAAGCAUCGUAUCGCCGUCUCGCAAGAAUUCAUCACCCUGAUAAAAACAUUGGAUGUCGACUUGCGACAGCAAAGACCCAGCUUAUUAAUGCAGCAUGGGAAGUCCUCAGCGAUGAAGCCAAGAGGAGCGAAUACGAUCGAACUCGGCCACAGCAAAAGGCAUCAUCGUCAAGCAGUCGCCCUGGUCCUCCACCUGCAGCCACUCCACAGUCGAGAUACCAGCCUCCCCCGCGACCUGAUACAACAGCGCAAGAUGAAGCGCGUGCACAAGCAGAGAGCAACAAGAAGCGACAAGAAUGGCUGAAUUAUGAGAAGGCACAAGAAGAGCAGAUCCGGCAAUGCCAAAACAUCUUGAAGCCUCUCGAGGCUGAAGUUGACCGUCUCAACUCGAAGAUCGAUGAAAACCGCAAGACGUUAGCAAGUGAUGUUCCUUAUGCCUGGAACGUGUUUUCAUUUUUGAGCAAAAGACUGAGUGAACAAGAGAAGAGCGAGAUCAGACUUGCCUCCAUCAAUGCAGAGAACGCUAUCCGGAUCAAGCAGAUACCCCUCGAAAAAGCUAGGAAACAAUUGAGCCAACUGAAUGACGAGUUCGCGAGACGAAAAGAUUUAGAAGACACAAGACUUGCGGCCGAGAAGACGGAGAGGGCGAGGAAAGAACGACUCGCUAGAGAGAAAGCUGAAGAGGCCCGACAGCGAGAGUGGGCAAGACAACAGGCCGAGCGGAACAAGGUCGCUCAAGAAGCAGCAGAGCGUUGGAAACAAGAGCAAGCCAAACAAGCAAGAGAGACUGCGGAGCGCGAUAGAAAGGAACGUGCGGCUCGGGAAGCAAGAUGGAAAGCCGCGCAGGAAGCAGCAGGAAAAUUCAGACGGGAGCAAGCAGAAGCGGAAACUGCGAGACAAGAACAGAGGAAACGAGCGGUGGACGCCGCACUGGCUGUCGUCAUAAAUUCUGGUGGAACAAGAUUGAAGGCCAUAACUGUUGUGCGCAUUGUACCCGAUCGCUCUAUAAGUUCGCAGAGCAAUGUCCCGGCUGCGAUACUAUAG